AUGAUCUCACAAGAAAGUAUUGAUCUGAUCAACUCUCAAAUCUUUGAGAAUAAGCAGCCUCUCACUUACAAAGUUCUUUCCAGAAAAUUGAAAAUUAGUAAUGAGUCCUCGAGAGACCUGUUAGAGAGUUACUAUGACAAGUAUAAAGAACAGCACCACCAGCUUUGUCCGACAUACAUUUUAAUGGGAACACAUUCACAUGAAAGUGACCAGAAUAAUGUUGGGGAUUAUGGAGAAGAUAGUGGAUCGAUGCUUAUUAAAUUGUGCAAGUUGUCUGAGUUAGAAGAGUCCAAGAAGCAGUUUCGGCGAGUUGAUUCAAGCUUUAUUUAUAGUUUGAGUAUUGGUGAUGUCUCGUUGAACAAUAUUGCUGCUGUAAAUGAAACCAUUCCACCUACUAGUGAGUCAGAUUGUGGAGUUUAUGGAGUGAUACGAACACCUACCUCAGGAAUAUUUGAUAAACCAUUAGUAGAGAAGAAGCAAGUUAAAGUGGAAGAGAAGAACGAUAAUAGAACGAUAGCAGCAGAAAUAAAGACUGUUAAAGAAGAAACGGAUCCAUUUGCAUCAUACAGAGCAAGAAAAUCCGAGGAAAAGAAGGCAGAAAGAGAAGCCAAAAGAGAAGCCAAAAGAGAAGUCAAAAGAGAAGUCAAAAGAGAGGUCAAAAGAGAAGCCAAGAGAAACAGAGUGGUGAUAGAUGAAGCACCUUCCAGAAAGAGAACUAAGAUUGAAAGUGAUAAAGCCAGGGAACAAGAAGAGGAAUUGUCUAAGAUGUUUGAGGAUGAUGAUAAAGAUGCUAUGGAGGUUACUAAUCCCGAAGAGAAGGGUAUUGAUACUACUGAAGAUAAGGCUGAAAGUCAUGCGGAUGAGAUUAACAAAUCUCUUGACGAAGAGCCCCAGGCUGAUGAGACGAAUGCUCAGAAGUCACAGACAGACGAUGUUAAGACUUAUGUUGAUGAUGACGGAUACAUGGUGACGGUGAAAAGCUCGAAAUCUAGGUCAAAGCCACCAAAGGCACCAAAGGGAAGUCGGAAACCUUCUUCAUUUGACCACAAGCUUGAGACCAAGAAGAAGGGACAAGGGCCCAAAAAACAGUCUUCGUUGAUGUCUUUCUUCGGAAAGAAGAGAUAG